UAGUACUCGAGAACCUUAUACACGGACUCAAUGAACGAGAUGGCUGUAAUGCUGUCACCGUUCAGGAAAAUAGUAAAUAUAUGAACUUGAAUUUCUAGAAAAUACUCUGAUUAAGAAAAGUUGGCAGCGAAAGUGAUUCGUUUGAAAUGGAAGACGUUGACAGGAAGAAUGCGAAAGUGGCCAUUAUCGGAAGUGGAUUGAUUGGGCGGAACUGGGCUAUGAUAUUUGCUGGGGCUGGCUAUCGUGUAUGUUUAUAUGACGUUGAACCAGGUCAAGUUAGCCGGGCACUAGAUGCCACACAGCAUACACUUGCUGGGUACCAGGAGAAAGGUCUUCUAAGGGGUCAGGGGAGUGCCGUAGAGCAGGCAGAGAGAAUAAAAGGCACAAUAAAUCUUCAGGAAUGUAUUAGUGGUGCUUUUUAUGUUCAGGAGUGUGUACCAGAAGAUUUGGACUUAAAGAAGAAAGUAUUUGGACAGAUAGAUGAUCUAAUGGAUGAUGAUACAAUAGUGGCAAGCUCUAGUAGUUGUCUAACAGCCACCAUGUUUGCUGAAGAUUUCAAACAUAGACAGAACAUGUUAGUUGCUCAUCCAGUAAAUCCUCCAUAUUUCCUACCCCUAGUAGAGAUAGUCCCUGCACCGUUUACAUGGUUGAAUGUGAUACAGAAAGUGAGGUCAUUAAUGGAGGAAAUCGGUCAGUCACCUAUCACACUGAAGUAUGAGGCUCGAGGCUUUGCCCUCAACAGAAUACAAUAUGCUUGUAUAAAUGAAUGCUGGAAUAUGUAUAAGACAGGAUUGUUGAGUGCAGAAGAUAUCGACAGAGUAUGUACAGAAGGCCUCGGGAGAAGAUAUGCUUUCAUCGGACCUCUAGAAACUAUGCAUCUUAAUGCACAUGGUGUCGAGGAUUAUUGUCAAAAAUUUGCCCAAGGUGCCUACAAUGUACAGCAGGAAACGUUCCACCCACUUCCUGUUCUCUAUGACCUAAAGACUGCCAAAAACGUGCAGGAAGAACUUGAGAAAAAAGUGCCAUUAGAAAAACUGCCUGCACGUCGUGCAUGGCGUGAUAACAUGUUAGCUGGCCUAGCAAAGUUUAAAGCUGAAUCAGAAAAAGAUGACUUCAAGUGAUUGACUUACUAACUAGAUGCAAUAAGAUAUGUAAAGCAGGCUUUAAAAUGCAGUUUUUUUUUAAUCCAAACUAUAAAGCUUUGCUUAGCUUUAAUAACUAAUUAUUUUAAAGCUUUAGUAACACUAUUUUAAUAACUUUUAAAAAAUAAUGUGCCAUUGUGAAGUCAAAUCGAAAUUAAAGUAAUUUUGCAAUUAAUUAAAUCUGUUGAACAAAAUUUAAAAAGAUUUUAAUCCAAACUAACGCAGAUACUGUGCCAUGUUUAAGGUGGAGUCAUAUAGUAUGAUCAGAAAAAUCUUACGAUAAUGUAUGUAGAUACUUGGGUAACUGGAGUAGAAGAUUUAGAUUCUAUAUAGUAUUAUAUAAAGUAGUAAUGAUCUCAUUUACCUUGCCAGUGUAAAUUUGUCACGUCAGUAUAUAGAUUAGAAAAAUAGAAGUAUAGAGUAGACAUCCUUAGAAUAGUAUUAACUGUUACAUUAAGUUUUUGUGGAUAACUUUCAGGAAAUUUUGUAUUUUUUGCCAUAUUUCAUCAUCUGUACAUCUAUAAUUUAAAUUAAUUAUGCCCCCACUUCGAAGAAGAGGGGGUAUAUUGCUUUGCACUUGUCGGUCCGUCCCGUCCGUCCGGUCCGUCGGUCCGUAGACCAAAUGGUUUCCGAGUGAUAACUAAAGAACCCUUAGGCCUAGGAACUUCAAACUUGGUAUGGUGAUUGGUCAUGACCAGUAGAUGACCCCUAUUGAUUUUGGGGUCAAGGGGUCAAAGGUCAAGGUCACAUUGACCUUGUAUGUUAAAACGGUUUCCGAUCAAUAACUAAAGAACGCUUAGGCCUAGGAACUUCAAACUCGGUAUGGUGAUUGGUCAUGACCAGCAGAUGACCCCUAUUGAUUUUGGGGUCAAGGGGUCAAAGGUCAAGGUCACAUUGACCUUGUAGGUAAAAACGGUUUCCGAUCAAUAACUAAAGAACGCUUAGGCCUAGGAACUUCAAACUUGGUAUGGUGAUUGGUCAUGACCAGCAGAUGACCCCUAUUGAUUUUGGGGUCAAGGGGUCAAUGUCAUAGUGACCUUGUACUUAAUGACCGUUUCUAACCAAUAACUCAACAACUCAAGUUGCCUUGGUUGAUAUUUUUAUGUGCUUUUGGUAUACACAUUUGAAGGUCUUAUGUAAUAUAACAACUUGGCUGUCAUUAAUGAGGCCUAUGUGAUUCAUAAAAUUUAUGUAUAUAUUAUUUGGUAAGAUUUUUAAUAACUUUAAUUGCUGCACACAACCUAUGGGGUCACAAUAAUUAUUACCUUGUGACUAGUCAUGACCAGUAGAUACUAGAUAACCCUUAUUAAUUGCUUGUUCACUGGGUCAGAAGUCAUGCAUAAUAACCUGAUCACAUGACAAAUUGGGUGCCGAUAGGGGGCAUACAUGUUUUACAAACAUAUCUUGUUUCAUUAGACUUUGACCAAUUUCAUUAUUGAUUAAUGUGUUACAUUUUAAAAUUUACCCCAGUUGCACUGUUAUAGUUACCUUUAAUGUUUUUGGUUUAUUUUUGAUAUGUAUUUUUAUUACAAAUUAAUAAAGUCCAAUUUUGAUAAAACAUGGGAAUUUUUGGAGAUUUCUAGACUUGUUUUUUAAAUUUUACAUUUUACUUUUCUCAUGUUAUUGUCUCUUUUUUGAAGCUUUUAGAUCUCUGAAAUUCAGUUGGGCAAUACAGGACCACCAGAGCCCUCUUGUUAAAUGUGAGCAAGAAUGUUUGGGCUGCAAAACUAUUAUGCUAUUUCAAAUGCUUGCUUUAACAUCAGCAAUAAGUUCAGGGAUGUUUUAUUCAUGUUUAUAUUGUCCCGGUGUAGAAAUAUUGUAACCUAGAGCUUUAUACUGUAUCUUCUGUUUUAUAUAUUAAAGUGUAGAAGUUUUUGUUAUCACAUUGUAGGGCGAUUUUCAUAUGAAAUAUAUAAAUGUUAUUAUAAUUGUUUUGACAUGUCUAUUUUUUAAAUGUACAUAUAUUAUACAUGUAUAUUUUAACAAGGAUUUCAUCAUUUUCCAUUUGGAAUAUGUUAAUCAUCUAAUUUUUUAUUUGAUUUGAUUUAAUGCUCAUUUUGUCUAUAAAAGAACAAUUUUAUUUUUUCAGACUUAAUGUUUCUUUGUAUUUUCAUUGUAAGACAUUGUAUUGAAUUUUAACCGGCUUGGGAAAAUACUCAAACUUAUGAUAUUUAUAAUUCUGGCUUAACUAUCACAUUAAAUUUGUUUUCCCGUUGUACUCCAUAUAUGUUGAAUGUUCAAAUAACAGACAUUAACUGGGUAUAAUUUUGUAGUUAUUUGGUUACCCACCAAAUAUUCAUAUGUAAACAGGUAUGUUUAAGCAGAGACUAUUUACCAUUUUAAACAAGAUAUUUAUUAUUUUAUUUCAUCCAGUUAGAACCGAUUCUAUACUCAUGGCUUUUGUAUUAUAUUAGUUAUUUAUAUAUGUGGUAGGGUAGUUCCAAAAUUUAUUUGUGAAAGUGUCAAGUUUUUGACUUGAAUACUGUAUAUUUCACUACAGAGCUAUAAUAUAAUUAUAUAAAUCUCUGUUUUCACUAUUUUAAGUCAGAUGUUUACUUUUUUCUUGAUUAAUUUGAACAAAGUAAAUAUGGUACUGUCCUGUUUAUAUAAAGGGCUUUUAGUGUAAACUUGAUGGAAGUAAGUAGCUAACAGUAUUCUAGUUAUAUUGAACAAGGCCUGUAGACUUGCUGAGCUCUAUAUUAGUAGGGUAUGCAUGUCACUCUGGCCAAAAAAUGUUCACCAUCUUUAAAGUAUAUUGAAAACAAGGGGACACAAAUUUUUAAUUUGAUAUUGAAUGAUAAAAACAAGCGUGCAUUUAGCACAUAUACAUGUUAUAUAUGUUUGUGGCAUUUACUGUCAGUAACUGUGAUAAUAUAUGUGUGACAGUCUCUUGUUGGAGUCUCUUCAAGAUUCUAUGUUUCUCUUGUUAUUAAUUGUUAUAAUCAGACUCUUAUGUAAAUAAAAUGUAUUAAGAAAUCA